GCAUCAAUUGAGUCGUAUUCGUCCCCGUCGAAGGAGUCAUACCGGUGCUCAUUUUUAACUCCACGUCUCACGAACAAGCCGAGUAGUGUUUCAUCCGUGGCCAGAGUAAGGCUGUUGAUGUACUCUACUUAAUCCUCAAUUGAGCCCUGGUCUUCGCUAUUUCUGCGACAAGACGACACGAUGGGGUCAGCAACCCCCCACACUCCGACGCGCAUUGCGAUUCUGGGCAAGGAGGAUAUUGUUGUGGACUUCAAUAUAUGGCGGAGCUUCGUAGUGGAAGACCUGCUAUCUAAUUUACCAUCGUCGACAUAUGUCCUCAUCACUGACACGAAUCUCGCUCCCCGUUACGUUCCAGAUUUUGCACAAGCUUUCAGCACCCGCACCUCAGCGUCCCCUGCGCCUCCACGACUCCUCACUUACGAAAUUCCGCCAGGAGAAAGCUCAAAAGGUCGAGAAACGAAAGCCGAGAUCGAAGAUUGGAUGCUCUCGGAACAAUGCACGAGAGACACAGUCAUAAUCGCGCUUGGUGGCGGGGUCAUAGGGGAUAUGAUCGGGUAUGUGGCUGCUACUUUUAUGAGGGGCGUACGCUUCGUACAGGUUCCAACUACUCUGCUAGCCAUGGUAGAUUCGUCGAUUGGUGGCAAGACUGCUAUUGACACACCACUGGGCAAGAAUCUUAUUGGUGCGUUCUGGCAACCACAAAGAAUAUACAUCGAUCUGAGGUUCCUCGAAACCUUGCCAGUACGAGAGUUCAUCAAUGGGAUGGCCGAAGUUGUUAAAACUGCGGCGAUCUGGGACGAAGCCGAAUUUGCUACAUUGGAGGAUAAUGCAGCCAUCCUCAUGUCCACGAUCCGCGCGGAAUCAUCUGACUCAUCAACACGGUUGGAUCCUGUCCGAGAUAUUCUUAAGAGAAUCGUACUUGGCUCAGCAAGAACAAAGGCAGAGGUUGUAUCUGCAGAUGAACGAGAAGGUGGUCUGAGAAACCUACUGAAUUUUGGACACUCAAUCGGUCAUGCAUACGAAGCAAUCUUGACCCCGCAAGUCUUACAUGGCGAAGCUGUUGCUAUUGGUAUGGUCAAGGAGGCAGAGCUGGCUCGCCAUCUGGGUGUUCUGAAACCCGGUGCAGUGGCGCGUCUGGUAAAGUGUAUAUCAAGCUAUGGCCUUCCGACCUCUCUUGCGGACAAACGGAUUCAGAAACUUACAGCAGGAAAAGCUUGCCCAGUCAACAUCCUGUUAGAGAAAAUGGGAGUCGACAAAAAGAAUGAUGGGAAGAAGAAGAAGAUCGUCCUACUGUCGGCCAUUGGGAAAACUUAUGAGCAGAAGGCUAGCGUGGUAGAAGACGGUGCGAUUCGGAUUGUACUUUCAGACUCUAUAGAGGUCUCUUCUGGAGUCCCCAAGGGUCUAAAGAACGAGGUAGUUCCUCCCGGAUCAAAGAGUGUCUCCAAUCGAGCUCUUGUGCUUGCCGCGCUUGGCACUGGCCCUUGUCGAAUCAAGAACCUCCUCCAUUCGGAUGAUACCGAAUUCAUGCUAACGGCAAUUGCGAAGCUGGGAGGUGCUUCGUAUGCAUGGGAAGAUGCAGGGGAGGUCUUGCUUGUACAGGGAAGAGGAGGUGAUCUACGAGCCAGCCCAUCGGAGCUAUACAUUGGUAACGCGGGGACAGCAUCGAGAUUCCUGACCACCGUCGUGUCCCUUUGCAAACCGUCCACGGUGACAUCAACAGUUCUCACCGGUAAUGCUCGCAUGAAGGUUAGACCCAUAGGCCCGCUCGUUGAUUCCCUUCGAGAGAAUGGGGUCGACAUCAAAUACCUUGAGAAAGAGCACAGCUUGCCGCUCGAAGUUCCUGCCUCUGGUGGGUUUACUGGAGGGGAUAUCGAGCUUGCUGCCACAGUAUCCUCCCAAUACGUGUCGUCACUUCUUAUGUGCGCGCCAUAUGCUAAGAAACCAGUCACUCUUCGCCUGGUUGGAGGGAAGCCGAUCUCCCAGCCAUAUAUUGAUAUGACCACCGCCAUGAUGGCUUCGUUUGGCAUUCGUGUUGUCAGGUCAAAAACCGAGGAACAUACAUAUCAUAUCCCGCUGGGGGUGUAUCAAAACCCACCGGGAUAUACCGUUGAAAGUGAUGCAAGUUCUGCAACAUAUCCCUUGGCUGUAGCUGCUAUCUCGGGGACGACCUGUACGAUACCCAACAUUGGUUCAAAGUCGCUUCAGGGGGAUGCCCGUUUUGCUCUCGAUGUUCUCCGACCCAUGGGUUGCACGGUAGUCCAGACCGAUUACGCUACGACUGUAACAGGUCCACCCCAAGGGCUUUUGGUUGCUAUAGAGGAGAUCGAUAUGGAGCCUAUGACAGAUGCUUUCUUGACUGCCUCAGUGCUUGCUGCUGUGGCAAAAGGCACAACAAGAAUUAGGGGAAUUGCCAACCAGCGGGUCAAGGAGUGUAAUCGUAUUUCAGCUAUGAAAACCCAGCUUGCAAAUUUCGGUGUUGAGUGUCGGGAAUUAGAUGACGGGAUCGAGGUUGACGGGAGACCAAUCUCAACGUUGAAUAGUCCACGCGAUGGCGUGUAUUGUUACGAUGACCACCGAGUAGCCAUGUCGUUCAGUGUGCUUUCCGUCGCGACCCCGGAGCCUGUUCUGAUCACGGAGCGCGAGUGUGUUGGAAAGACCUGGCCAGGGUGGUGGGACAUCAUGUCGCUGUCCUUCAGUGUAGCACUGGUCGGUAGAGAAACAGCUGUGGCAAGCACGCAUGCUACAUCCGAGAACCAGCCGGCAUCGUCAAACAAAUCCAUUUUCAUCAUUGGAAUGCGCGGUGCCGGGAAGACGACUGCUGGAGGAUGGGCAGCAAGGAUUUUGAACAGACCACAUAUCGAUCUGGACAUCGAACUUGAGCGAACCGUUGGGCGCACAAUUCCAGAACUCAUCAAGGAUAAAGGAUGGGAAGGGUUUAGAAAUGCCGAACUCUCACUGCUCAAGCGAAUGAUCGUUGAAAAGCCAAGAGGCUAUGUCUUUGCUUGUGGUGGUGGUGUGGUAGAGAUGCCCGAGGCCCGGAAGCUUCUUUCCACAUACCACAAAGCUGGUGGCAUCGUUCUCCUCGUGCAUCGGGACACCGAACAAGUCAUGCAGUAUCUCCAGAUAGACAAGACACGGCCGGCUUACGUCGAAGAUAUGAUGGGAGUGUACUUGCGCCGGAAACCAUGGUUCCAGGAGUGCAGUAACUUCCAGUAUCAUAGCAAAGGGGGGGAAUCUGGAGCUCUAUCUGUUGCGCGAGAAGAUUUUGCAAGAUUCCUGUCACUCAUCUCGGGAGAGAGUAGCCAUUUCGAUGAGAUACGAAAGAAGCAACAGUCUUUCUUCGUGUCAUUGACAAUGCCAGAUAUUACGGCAGCUUCUUCUGAUACCCUUCGUACUAUCGCGGUAGGUUCGGAUGCCGUGGAAAUACGUGUUGAUCUCCUGCAUGAUCCAAGCUCGACAAGCGGGAUCCCAACUCCGGAAUUCUUGAGUCUCCAGAUCGCACAUCUGAGAUCUAUUGUUCCUUUGCCACUCAUUUUCACGAUUCGAACAAUUAGCCAAGGCGGUCGAUUUCCAGAUGAUGCUCAAGACGAGGCUUUGAAACUGUACAAAGCAGCCGUUAGAAUGGGAAUGGAGUACAUCGACCUAGAGAUCGCUUUCACAGAUGAGCUACUUCAGACCGUCACGGAAGCCAAAGGAUUCUCGAAAAUCAUCGCCUCACAUCAUGAUCCUCGUGGCUGCCUAUCCUGGAAGAAUGGUGGGUGGAUCCAAUAUUAUAAUCGAGCGCUUCAGUACGGUGAUAUUAUCAAGCUGGUUGGUUCUGCAGGCAGUAUGGAAGACAACUUCUCCCUGGCAAGAUUCAAAUCCAACAUGAGUGCUGCACACAGUGUCCCUAUGAUUGCUAUUAACAUGGGCAUUAUCGGCAAGCUGAGUAGAGUGCUGAAUGGUUUCAUGACUCCAGUCUCACAUCCAGCCUUGCCGUUCAAGGCUGCUCCUGGCCAACUCUCUGCAGCUGAAAUACGACAGGGGCUUUCACUUCUUGGCGAGAUUACCCCAAGAUCCUUCUUCCUCUUCGGCACGCCAAUCUCAGCCUCGAGAUCUCCAGCCUUACAUAAUACCCUCUUCCAGCAAACAGGCCUCCCACACAAGUACUCGCGUCUUGAGACUGACAAUGCUGAAGAAGUGCGCGAUAUAAUUCGAUCGGCAGAGUUUGGUGGUGCCUCUGUCACUAUACCUCUCAAACUUGAUAUUAUUCCUCUUCUCGAUGAUAUUACCGAGGCUGCCAAGAUUAUUGGAGCUGUGAACACGAUCGUGCCUGUCUCCAUCGAAGCAGGACAGCCACCGCGCUUGGUCGGGGAAAAUACAGACUGGAUGGGAAUGACACACUCGCUCAUUUCUGCCUCCUACACGACCGUAUCUUCCGGAUCUCCAGGAAGUGCUCUUGUAAUUGGAGCCGGCGGAACUGCUCGAGCAGCCAUCUAUGCUCUACAAUCUCUCGCCCACAGUCCUAUCUACAUCGUGUCCCGUACACCUUCCAAACUCGCAGCCAUGAUUGCUACAUUCCCGGCUGAGUUCAACAUUGUGCCACUCUCCGAGGUAGAAAAUGCAGAGAGGAUCACUCAGGUGCCACGGGUUGCCAUUGGGACGAUUCCAGCAGAUAAGCCAAUCGAGCAAAACAUGCGCGAGAUUCUAGCGGCACUCUUGCGACAUCCAGAUGCGGAGGUAGACAAGCAGAGAACACUGCUUGAGAUGGCGUACAAGCCUAGUCAGACAGCAUUGAUGCAGAUGGCCAAGGACGCUGGCUGGGUUACUAUUCCUGGUUUGGAGGUGCUCAGUGCUCAAGGCUGGUAUCAAUUCCAGAAGUGGACGGGUAUCAAGCCCUUGUAUGACGACGCAAGAGCUGCUGUGAUGGCUGUCUAGGUGUUUUUCGGACCUAGGCGGUAGCCUCGAAUGGGGAUGGGGAGAAAAAAAGACUGGCAUUGUUAUUUUUAGAAAAAAUAGAGCAUUGGAAUCUUAAUGAAGGAGAACCCUUUGAAUUCGGCGCAUGCUACUAUCUAGGUAUCCACAUCAUGGAAUCUGGUACUGGAGUAUUUGAAGGCCAAUUUUGGUAUUAUGGAAUUCACAUUUGCACUCAUGCUUGGCUAGAUGACAUAAAAGCUCCAGGUGUUUGUCUAUCAUAAUCUUCUUGGAACUAUUUCUCAUGUCCUGGGUGUUGCAAAAUGCUUGACAUUGUUUUACGUGCUUUCAGGCGAGGCGAGGACGAAUCAUCCACCUUUUGUUGUCUUAUAGUCAGUUGGAGUAGAUCACAAAGUGGAUAUUUGACACAGUUCUAUUCGACGUGCUUCGCGAUUCAUAACUCCGUAUGUUUUGCUGCAACCAGGGUAGGGGAGAAAUUGUGUGGAUGGCGGGAAGUUGCAAGGGGAUACACAUCUGUAAGGGUCACGUCAUGAACGACUGGCAAAAACCAUCCUGAUAUACGACAAUUGCGCUCCUCCCGGAGGGCCG